ACGUGCUUUAGCUUUACUAACAUUAAUAUUCCACUAAUUAAAAGCGGUAUUGCGCGCGCCUUCAAGGUGCCUGGUUUGUAAACAUUCUACUCACAUGAGACGCCCGCCCGACCAGCAUAAUCUUACAUUAUAUAAAAUAAGUGAAUUUUAGUUGUACACAAUGAAUUUAAACAGCGUCUGUUUCGACGAACAACUGCCAUUUUUACAGUACAUUAACCAGUAUUAUUUAGUGUAUUCCCUUACUCUUGUAUCUUUUGCUACUGUAUUUGGGUUAGUAUGGAUUCUGAAACAAUACACUUACUUUGAAAAGCACAAGAUUAUCAGAGGAAAGACCCCUGUUAUUCCCUAUGGGAAUUUUGGUGAAGUAAUUAAGCAAGAAGUUUGUCUGCAUGUGUUCUUAUGGAAGCAAUACAAGAAAUUUAAGAGCAAACAGUGUAAAGUAGGUGGUUUGUAUUUAUUUCUAAAACCCACCCUAGUUGACUGCUCUCUAAGCUAUAGUGAUCUUCAACAAAUAUUUCCUAGAGAGCCAGGGACACCCAAACAAGGUAUUAUUAAAGACCAGUUCUUAGACAGUUUUGUGGAAAAAUUUAACAACUCAAUGAAAAAGGCUUUAGCGGAUAAAUUAACCUCUAAAGAGGAACAUGUAAUAGUUUUUAGAGAUUUUAUACUUGAAUCUACAUGUCUAGCUUUUGGAUUUAACUGCUUUGAAAUAAUUGAACCAAUUAAUCGAUUAUUAAAAUUAAGAUCGAACCUUUCUUUGAAAUACUACCUAUCUCUUAUUUUCCCUCUAUUACAAACCAAACCUCUUCACAAAGACUUGACGAUCUUCCUAAAAGAGGCCAUGGAACAAAGGAAAAAAACUGAUAAAAAAGAGACUGAUUUUAUACAAGCAUUUAUAUCAUUUUAUAAUGAAUCGACAAAUAUUUCAAUGAAUGAUCUCAGUGAAGAAGUUUAUAAUAUGUUUGCGGAUAUGCUUACUUAUUCCUAUUCUACGUUGAUUUUUUGUCUGUACGAAUUAGCCAAUGCGGAAGAGGUCCAGGAGGAGUUGCUAGGAGAAAUAAGAAGGUUUAAUAACAAACAUGGAAGCUUCAGUUAUGAAAAUAUCGUGGAGUUGGAGUAUAUGGAUGCGGUGAUUAAAGAAACCUUGAGAAAAUACCCACCAAUUUCAACCAUAAUCCGGUCUUCUGGCAGCAGAAGUUUGGAAAAUAUACCCUGUAAAGGGACCUUAGUAUUACAGUCCAUAUUGGGAAUUCAUAGAGAUCCAGAGUUUUACUUAAAACCAGAAACUUUUGAUCCAGAUCGAUUUUUACAAACGCAAAUGAGUGAAAGCAAAACUUUUUUACCAUUUGGAACAGGGCCAGACAAUAAAUUUUAUACCAGACUAAUAACGUUACAGGUUGGAGUAGUAUUAAUCAGUAUUUUUUCUCGUUUAAAGGUAAAAAUGAAAAAGGACAGCAGACUUAAUUAUAAUCCGAAAGUCGUAUAUUUAAGCCCCAAAGAGGAUCUCAACUUUAGUUUUACAGCAAUAUAAGUUAGUUAUAAAAUAAAUUUUCAUUGUAUAUAGUAUAUUAUAAAUAGACCCUGUACAUUGC